GUGGUCUAAACACCUUGAGGAUAAACACUAUCGAGUGUUUUGGUCCAAACACCUUGAGGAAGCUAAAAGAAAGCGGGACGCCCUUCGCAACACUGCUGAUCAGUACUGGAAGCGCGACGCCCUUCGCAACACUGCUGAUCAGACUGGAAGAACAAACGCCCUUCGCAACACUGCUGAUCUGACUGGAAGAACGGA